AUGACCGUUGCUGGCGACCUCACUCACCGUGGCCAGCCCCACAACUCGCUGGCUCUCGAAGAUCGCUUCGAGGUUCUCAAGGAAAUUGGUGACGGCUCUUUUGGUAGCGUCGUGCUCGCCAGAGUUCGCACUGCUGGUGCCCAUGUUGCCCGCCGCGGCUCCGUCGUUGCCAUUAAGUCUAUGAAAAAGACAUUCGACUCGCUACAGCCAUGUCUCGAGCUCCGCGAAGUCGUCUUUCUCCGAACCAUCCCCCCUCAUCCUCACCUCGUCCCGGCCCUGGACAUUUUCCUCGACCCGUACAGCAAGAAGCUGCACAUUUGCAUGGAAUACAUGGAAGGCAACUUGUACCAGCUCAUGAAGGCCCGUGACCACAAGUCUCUCGACAACGCUAGCGUCAAGAGCAUACUGUUGCAGAUUAUGCACGGUCUCGAGCACAUUCACGCCCACCAGUUCUUCCACCGAGACAUCAAGCCAGAAAACAUCCUCGUAUCUACCUCUUCACAUCAAGAGUCGACAAACUCUUUCCGACGCUACUCCGCUCUCGUUACACCGCCCUCAACACCACCAGCAUACACAGUCAAGCUUGCAGAUUUCGGCCUCGCUCGUGAGACCCACUCUAAGCUGCCAUAUACAACCUACGUCUCUACGAGAUGGUAUCGCGCCCCUGAAGUUCUCCUUCGAGCUGGCGAGUACUCUGCCCCUGUCGAUAUCUGGGCUGUUGGUGCCAUGGCUGUCGAGAUUGCCACCCUGAAACCGCUCUUCCCUGGAGGAAAUGAAGUGGACCAGGUCUGGCGAGUUUGCGAGAUCAUGGGUAGCCCUGGUAAUUGGCACAACAAGGCCGGCCAGCGCGUUGGCGGUGGAGAGUGGAGAGAGGGCAACAGACUUGCCAGCAAGCUUGGCUUCUCCUUCCCCAAGAUGGCUCCCCACGCCAUUGACACAAUUCUGCAAGCCCCUCAAUGGCCUGCAUCCUUGGCCAACUUUGUCACUUGGUGUUUGAUGUGGGAUCCAAAGGCCCGCCCUACAUCUGCGCAGGCCCUGGCACACGAAUACUUUGCUGAUGGCGUCGACCCUCUUCGCCCCAGGUCGGCUGCUUCCAAGAUUCUCGGUCGCAAGCAGUCCGACCUUGCUCGCCCAGCCAAAGAGUCAUCCUCGGGAAUUACCUCAUCGAGGUCGUCCUGGUUCCGCAAGUCACUCAUCGGUAGGAGUGAAGCUCCUGAGACAGUGGCUGCCAAGGACCCUGCCCCGAGGCCGGCUGUGGCACACGCUGCCUCUUCCAACGACCUCAAACAGUCGCGCACUAGCAAGCGUAGUACAUGGACAAAUGGUCUGUCCAACGUCGCUCCUAUGCCAAUUCUUCCCAGCAUCCGGCCCAUCUCGCCACUCUCCGAUGCCGUUACAGCUCGUGGCAACAAUGGACCAGCCGAUGCUCCACCACCCGUUGGUGUCACGCAAGAGAAGAAGAAGCUCGGAAGACAACUUUCUGUCGCUUCUAGCACCAACAACUAUAACACUGAAAUGCACCGCCAGCAGGCUGAGCGUGCGCUGAAUGGUCAGAGUGGUCUUGCCUCGCCUCCUAGUGGCCAAAAAGAGAGUUUCUUCUCGCAUCUUCGCAAGCGCGCCCGUCGAUUCUCCGGUCGCCAUCAGACCCCCGUUUCGCCCGCCUUUGAAGAAAUGGAGGCACAGGUCGGCUGCGGCCCCUGGAACAGUAACAGGUCAUCCUUGGUUAUGGAUCAAAAUGUGGCCCCAAAGCCUGAGGUGUACGACUCGCUUGGUCGUGCUCUCCAGAACCCGCAGAACGGCGGUGCCCCAGCUCCUCCCAUGCACCACACUUCAUCAGCCAGCAAGCUCAAGCGACACCAUUCCCUUCCUCAACAGCAGCCUCGCUCUGUCGAUAACCUACUCAGUGCUGCGCGGGGCGGCCCAAUCUCAAGUCGCACGCGUCGCUCACAGGCAACUCACGGUAUUCACCAGUACGAAGCACCCGCCGAAGAAGACGAGUUGCUGGACGAAGUCCUCAACUCCACUCAGCAUGCCAUGAACCGCCUGGACGGGACCAGCCGCAAGCCUCUCCGCCAAUCAAUCAGCAACAUUGGCUUGACAUCGCAACCGUACCCUAGCCCAUCACCAUCCGCUAGCGGCAGUCAGAUUCUGUUUGUUGAUGGGAGCGAAACCAUGACUCCGAGACCAUUGGACCUCGGCAAGAAGAACAAUAGCCAAUACAAGUGGCCUACACCACCAUAUGAGGGUGGCGAAUGGAAUUCUUCUAGCUCCAACAACCUUUGGGCGGCCGGGAAUCGGAUAUAA